UUUAUAAUACGUUGCAACAUCAAUAUGUUGAUCUGGAUUUGCACAAUGUUGACCGGAAGUGCUAUAUUCGACUUGCUUCAGCUUUACUUGUAGCUGUUAGCAGUUUGGCUAGUUGUGUGGUAGCAUACCCCCCGUUUAAAGUGAGGUGACCAUUAGCAAUGGACCACACCCGCCACAGAGCCCAUUUUCCUUACUCCAGGCCGGACCACCGCCAGCACCAAGCUCGGCCAGCCCCCGACCGAACCCCUCUCACCUGUCAGACUUUGAGCACCAGGAGGCAUCUCUAUGAGCGGGACUUCCCUGUAUACAAACAGCCGGUUGAAAUAGGAAGCUUUUCCCUGGAUUCUGAACGUCGAUUCUUCAAUGACAGCAGGCAGAUGAGGUACUAUGUGGAGCCUGACAGGAGUCCCAGUUUUGACUUGAGGGAUGGAUACAAGGACCGCUUCGUGAAGAGAGAUGAGGCGGUGAAGGAGAAGCUGGACCACCUCCUGCGGUGGAUCCUGGCCAACAGAUCAAAGCUUCAGUCUGGCUCAGCUUCACCCCGUUGUGCCUUAGACGCUGACUUUGUGACGUGGCGUGGCCAUCUGACCAAAGUGCUGACCACUCCCUAUGAGACGCGGGAGGGCUGGUUGCUGGCGGUCACCCGGUUCAGGGGCACGCUCUACAUCAGCGAGGUGGAAACCGAGGCUGCUCGCAGGGAAAGGGAGAAUCGCACUGAGAGGCACCAAGAGAUGAUGUACUGGGGAUACAAGUUUGAGCAGUACACAUGUGCAGAUAGCAUCCACAGUUCCCCUGACCCAGGUGGAGUGGUCAACACCAACGAGGCCUUCUGCACUGUGGUCCAGACUCGGCUCGCGGAUCAUAAGCUGCUGUUCUCUGGGGAGGUGGACUGCCAGGAUAAAGACCCCAAGGCUCCAGCCCCUCCUUCCUGCUACAUAGAGCUGAAGACCACAGCAGAGAUCUGCACCCCUAAACAGCGCAGUAACUUCCACAGGUUCAAGUUGCUGAAAUGGUGGGCUCAGUCUUUCCUCCCUGGGGUGCCCCGUAUUGUAGCAGGCUUCCGGGACCAUGAGGGGGUGGUUGUCGGUGUGGAGACUAUCCACACCUCCAAGAUAUCCCAUCUCAUCAAGAAUGAGUACAACUGCUGGAAGCCAACAGUCUGUAUGAACUUCUGCUGCGAUUUCCUGUCUUACGUGAAGCAUGUGGUCAAAGAAGACAAUCCUAGUGUGGUCUACCUGUUUUCCUGGGAGCCCCAAAGAGACGUGACCUACUCCAUCCAUAGAGACUCCCAGUAUUCCUUCCUGCCUCACUGGUUUGUUGUGGAGAUGACCGGGGUCAGCAGUGAAGAGUCACACCACUGAUAACAGCAACAGGCAAGACGUGUUCGGUGAGGAUUCCUGUUAGUCUGGACCUCCAAUGGAGCUUUAUAUGUCAAAAUACUUUGGUAUUUUAUGUGUGUGCAGCAUUACUUGUUUCCACUUGUUUCAGUAACUGGUCGAUGAUGGUUGAUGUGAUGAUUCUAACUUUUAUAAUAAAACCAUGAUGAUACCA